CAGCUUGAGGCACACUCUUCAAUAAGAGAAAUGAAGGUGUCUCAACGUUCCCAAGAGUCCAGAUGAGUGUUUACCAUGCCUCUGGGAACGUUCCUCCUUCCUGUUCUCUGUUUCUUGGGAGCAGCAAUUCCACAGGGACUGCAGUAUGUCACAUUCUCACGCAACACUACAAAAUUCCUCCACCUGUCUAUGGACUUGGAAUCUGGGACCAUUUACUUGGGGGCCACCAACUUUCUCUUUCAGCUGACAUCUGACCUGCUGAUGGAGAACGUGGUUCAGACUGGACCGGUUCUGGACAGUAAAGAUUGCCUCCCCCCAGUCUCAAAGCUGGAGUGUCCUCAGGCUCACCACACUGACAAUCACAACAAGCUGCUGCUGGUGAACGUGGUGCAGAAGGAGCUCAUUGUGUGUGGCAGUGUGCACCAGGGAAUCUGUGAGAAGAGGAGCCUCACGUCCAUCGACCAUGUCCUCUUCCGACCAGAGAGCCCAGGUGAUACUCAGUAUGUUGCUGCCAACGAUCCCAAUAUCACCACUGUGGGACUCAUAGCUUACUCAAAGGAUGAGGUCCCCUUGCUGUUUGUGGGACGAGGGUACACCAGCCGAGGAGUUGGAGGAGGGAUUCCUCCCAUCACUACCCGAAAUCUCAGGGCCCAUGGAGGGGAUAUUCAAGCGACAGAUUCUCACUCCAUUUUCUCUUAUGAAGAAACAGCAAAACUGGCUGUGGGCCGGCUCUCCGAAUACAACCACCAUUUCAUUAAAUCCUUCACUUACCGCUCAAGUGUCUAUUUCCUAUUCUACCGGCGGGACCUCAAGUCUCAGUCACGUGAGUACAAGACCUACAUCUCCCGAAUCUGCCUGGAUGACUCUCAUUAUUACUCGUAUGUGGAAUUGCCUCUGCUCUGCCAGAGCAAAACCAAUACGUACAGCCUCCUGCAAGCCGCCUAUGUCACCCGGCCGGGAAAAGACCUGGCCCAGGGGCAGCUGGACACCGAGGGAGAAGUGCUGUUUGCAGCCUUCUCUGCCUGGCAGGCUUCUUCUGGCAAACUGAGUGAGGAGUCUGCACUCUGUGUGUACGCAAUGGAAGAGGUGGAUCGCUUGACCAACUGGACUAGGGAUGUUUGCUACAUGAGGGAUGGGAAGUCAGAAGAAGGGACAGAAGUGGCAUAUAUUGAAUAUGAUGUCAGUUCCAACUGUGUUCAGCUGCCAGCGGACACACUGUAUGCAUACCCCUGUGGCUCUGACCACACUCCCAGCCCCAUGGCCAGCCGGGUACCUUUGGAAGCAGCCCCACUCCUGGAGAAAACAGAGGCCCGUCUGACAGCUGUGGCAGUGAACGUGGAAGAUGGCCACACCAUUGCUUUUCUGGGAGACAGCAGAGGGAAACUGCACAAGGUGUACUUAGGAGAAAUGGGAGAUACACAUAUAUAUGCUUCUUUAGCUAUCCAGCUAAAUAGCAUUGUGAGUGGAGACCUGCUGUUUGACCAGUUGCAGGAGCAUCUGUUUGUCAUGACCCAGUCAAUGGUGGUAAAGGUUCCCAUAUUGGAAUGUUCCCUGUCCUUGGACUGUGAAUCCUGUCUGGCACUAAAAGAUCCCUACUGUGGCUGGUGUGUCCUUCAGGGACGGUGCAGCCGUCGUUCUGAGUGCUUGCGGUCCAGGCUGAGCGAGCAGUGGCUCUGGAGCUUUAACUCUACACAGCAAUGUCUGUCUGUCCAGUCACUAACUCCAGCCAAUAUCAGCAGAGAGGAAAAGAGAAAUAUAUUCCUGGCUAUCUCAGACUUACCGUCUCUGCGCGAGGAAGAAUUUUACUCAUGUUACUUUGAAGAUUAUGAGAGCCCAGCAGUGCUUACAGAGUUGGGAAUCAUGUGUUCUUCUCCAGAUCCCAGCCAAGCACCAGCUUUGCCAACAGGAGCAGAUCAUGUCACCAUAAAGCUCGUAGUGCGUUUCCAUGACAUCUUCAUUGCUUCUGUGGACUUCUCUUUCUAUGACUGUGCUGCAGUGGCCCUGCUGUGGAAAUCGGCACCGUGCCAGAAGUGUGUGAGCAGUCUCUGGGGAUGUAAUUGGUGCAUCCAGCAGCACCUCUGCACCCACAAAGCAACCUGUGAGGAAGGAACCAUUAUCUACAAUGAAAGGGCACAGAUCCCAACCUCAAGUGUGUUUCCUUCUUCAGCAGCUCCCCUCACCAAGUCCUCUACCACAGCCCCAACCAUGGCCCCAAAACCUGUCACUCCCACUGUGCAUGUGGUACCAAGCACUGUGGCCCCCACAGAGCCCAAUCACAUCACACUCUCUCCAGCCUCAAAUAUGAUGACUGAGCUUGCAGAAACCCUCAGCUACACAUAUUUGACCCUCUCAACCGAGGCAGCCUCUCUUCAGGCCAUCACAGAAUCCCCUCUACCACCACCAGCAGACAAACCUGCUGUCACUGUGCCAGACACAACUUCUCCUGCUACAUCUCUCCUCACUAGCCCAUCCAGAAAUGUGGACCAGGCAGCCUUGCCCACUGAAGGGCCAGCCACUGCCCAGGAGCCACAGUACACUGAACCCACCACAAUCCUAGUAGGUAGCCCUCUGCACACAUCUGCAGCAGCAGUAGCACCUUCCACUCAUGUCACCAGCUUCAGGUGGCCUCCAAGUUCUUUCCCUACCACAGAGGCCCCGACAACUGCCACCCCAUCUCCCCAGACCCCCAGCCAGGUUCCAGUGGGUCCUGCUGCCUCUGAGGAUUCUCCCAAGUUUCUGGGAAGUGAAUUACCUUCUUCAGAGCUCCCUUCAUCAGCUCCCCCAAACUGGCUGCUGGAGACAGGCACAGAGCUCCAGGACACAGAGGACUGGAUGGAUUUGCUGCAGGCUGAGAAUGACACAUCUCCCUUCUCUGCUUCAACUCUUCUGUCGGGUGAUGGUGAUUCUUCAGAGAGGGAUGUCCCUGACUUUCCCAGGAUCUUCCACCCUGACCUUGACUAUCAGUACGAUGCCCCUGAGUUUUGGGAGGAGAAUCAAGAGCUUAGCUGGGGUCCAGAUGCAUGUCCCUGUGUUCAGGGAAUCCAGGGAUCUUCGCUGUUUCCAGUCAAUGUGGAGAGGAAGAUAACCCUGCUGGGAAAGAACUUCCACCUGUAUCAGGACCAGCAGUGGGACUAUGAAUGUGUCCUAAACUUGGAAGGAAGGACAGUGGUGAUGGAGGCUUAUGUGGAAGGAGAAGAAACAAACCAGUCCCUCUGUUAUAUCACCUGUCAGAUGAACCAGUACAGCUACACAGUGCCUCAACUGGAAUUCAAUGCUGUGGUGUUUGUGCAGAGGCGACGAAACCUUCGAGUGGACAGUGCUGCAGAUCUUCAUGUGACUUUUUACAACUGCUCUGUGGGCCACACUGAUUGCAGCCGCUGCCAAACAGCUGACUCAAAGUACAACUGUGUUUGGUGUGGAGGUGACAACCCCAGCUGUGUCUUCAGGGGCUCUUGCAAGGAAGAGAUAGAAGACCUGUGUCCAGCACCUCUCAUUCACUCUGUAUACCCCCUGUCUGGACCAGUGGAAGGUGGCACUAGAAUCACCAUCACUGGCUCAAACCUCGGGCAGAAACAUCAAGACAUUGCAGAAACUGUCACUGUUGCAGGAAUUCCCUGUGCCGUAGAUGCUCAAGAGUAUGAGAUCUCUAGCAGUAUCGUGUGCGUCACGGGCGGGAGCGGGACUGAGAGAUUUGGGCACAUUGUGGUGGAAGUGCCUGGAGGAGGACGUGGAGUUUCUGGACAUAUUUUCACCUAUCAGAACCCAGAGCUGAAAUCCAUUGUUCCAACUCAGGGCCCCAAAGCAGGUGGAACCUGUCUUACCCUUCUGGGCUCAAAGCUGCUGACUGGACAUCCUAAUGAGAUCAGUGUCCUGCUUGGAGACCUCCCUUGCCACAUCCUCUCUGAGAUGACAGAGGAUCAGUUGGCAUGCCAGACAAGUCCCAGCAAUGUGUCUGCAGAACUUCCAGUCACUAUCAAAUACGGGGACCAAGAGCGGAGACUGGAAGGAUUCCUCUUCAGAUAUACUCUGGAUCCCAACAUCACUUUUGCAGAGCCACCUAAAAGCUUCCUCAGUGGAGGGAGAGUGCUCAGAGUUCAUGGAUACAACUUGGAUGUUGUACAGAAGCCAAAGAUCCGAGUUACUGUCUCUCCAUCCGAACGCCGUCGCCGAGGAGUGGGACGAUGGCGCAGAAUCAUCCCAGACAGCGAGUGCCCUGAGGAUGCUCUGUGCAGUGUCCAGCAGUUUGAAGAACCAUGUCUCGUCAACUCUUCCUACCUGAUUCUGUGCAAAACUCCAGCCAUUAAUCUGCUGUUGAGAAGUGUCCGUAUUAAACUGGAAUUUAUUCUGGAUAAUCUGAGCUUUGAUUUCAACUCAUUGCAUCCUAUGCCUUUCUCUUACGAAGUCAACCCCAUCCUAAAACCAUUGAAUGCUGAAGACCCUGCCAAACCAUACCGUCACAAGCCAGGAAGUGUCAUCUCUGUGGAGGGGGAGAACCUAGAUCUGGCUAUUUCCAAGGAUGAAGUUAUGGCCAUGAUUGGGGAAGGAAUCUGUGUGGUGAAGACACUUACAAGGAAUCAUCUCUACUGUGAGCCUCCCUCUGAGCAGCCAGCUCCGCGGCACCGCACCAAGCGGGAGGGCACGGACUUGCUCCCAGAGUUCACGGUACAGAUGGGAAACCUGAACUUCCUCCUGGGCCGAGUGCAGUAUGACACAGAGAGCCAGCUCACCUUCCCACUGGAGGCACAGAUUGGUUUGGGUGUUGGUGCAUCCUUUGUGGCACUGAUUGUUCUGGUCAUCGUCUUCAUAUACAGGAGGAAGAGCAAACAGGCUCUGAGGGAUUACAAGAAAGUUCAAAUCCAGUUAGAAAAUCUGGAAACAAGUGUUCGGGACAGAUGCAAAAAGGAAUUCACAGACCUGAUGACUGAGAUGAUGGACCUCACGAGUGACCUUGUGGGCACUGGGAUCCCCUUCUUGGAUUACAAGUCCUAUGCAGAGCGCAUUUUCUUCCCGGGCCACCGUGAGUCACCGCUGCAAAGGGACCUGGACAUCCCUGAGUGCCGGCGGCAAACUGUGGAGCAGGGCUUGGUCCAGCUCUCCAACCUGCUCAACAGCAAGCUCUUCCUCACCAAGUUCAUCCACACUCUGGAAAUCCAGCGCACUUUCUCUCCAAGAGACCGGGCCUAUGUGGCAUCACUGCUCACUGUGUCGCUGCAUGGGAAGCUGGAGUACUUCACUGACAUCCUCAAAACACUCCUGAAUGACCUUGUGGAGCAGUAUGUGGCCAAGAACCCCAAGUUGAUGCUGCGGAGGACGGAAACAGUGGUAGAGAAGCUGCUAACCAACUGGAUGUCCAUCUGCCUGUACGCAUUUGUGAGGGACUCUGUUGGGGAGCCUCUUUACAUGUUGUUUCGAGGAAUCAAGCACCAGGUGGACAAAGGGCCAGUCGACUGGGUGACAGGGAAAGCCAAAUACACCCUAAAUGACAACCGCCUUUUGAGAGAAGACCUGGAGUACCGGACUCUGACCUUAAACGCUCUGACGCAGGCAGGAGUUGCUGCAGGAGGGGCAGAGGACUCCCAAGGGAUAUCUGCGAAAGUGCUAGACUGUGACACCAUAACACAGGUGAAGGAGAAAAUCCUGGAUCAGAUCUAUAAAGGGACGCCAUACUGUCACCGACCAGACCCAGACACCCUGGACCUCGAGUGGAGAUCAGGGCUGGCAGGUCAUCUGAUACUGUCUGAUGAGGAUGUGACAUCUGUAGUUCAAGGUACUUGGAAGCGCCUGAACACUCUUCAGCAUUACAAGGUGCCCGAUGGAGCAACAGUAGCACUGGUCCCACGCCUGACCAAGCACAUCCAUAGGGAGAAUCAGGAUUACAUCCCAGGAGAGAAAACACCAAUGCUGGAGGAUGCAGAUGAAGGUGGGAUCAAACUUUGGCACCUGGUAAAACCAACAGAAGAGCCAGAGCUUCCCAAGCAUCGGCGUGGAAGCUUGAGAGAUCGGGAGCGAGCCAAGGCAAUCCCAGAGAUCUAUCUGACACGUCUACUCUCAAUGAAGGGCACUCUGCAGAAGUUUGUGGAUGACUUGUUCCAGGUGAUUCUGAGUACCAACCGCCCUGUCCCUCUGGCAGUCAAAUACUUCUUUGACCUGUUGGAUGAGCAGGCAAUACACUAUGGGAUUGCAGACCCCGAGACCAUCCAUAUCUGGAAGACAAACAGCCUGCCCCUGCGCUUCUGGAUCAACAUCAUCAAGAAUCCCCAGUUUGUUUUUGAUGUGCAGACAUCAGAUAACGUCGAUGCUGUGCUCUUGGUCAUUGCACAGACUUUCAUGGACUCCUGUACAAUAGCUGACCAUAAGUUAGGGCGGAAUUACUCAGGUGACCUCAAUUCCUUGGUGGCUCUACAUGAACUGUACAAAUACAUCAAUAAGUACUAUGACCAGAUCAUUACUGCCUUGGAAGAAGACCCAACAGCCCAGAAGAUGCAGCUCGGAUAUAGACUACAACAGAUUGCAGCAGCUGUGGAGAAUAAAGUCACAGAUUUGUGACAGGCGCAGAGAGACUGCUCUCCCCUGGCUGAAUGGGGACAGUGCUCGUCCCAGCUACAUGGAGGAUGUCCUGCUGCCAUUGGAACCAGACUCUUCAAGGAACCUGCGGGUGAUGUGAACAGAGAUGGCCGAGGCAGUACAAAGUACAAGCGUCCUUGCAUCUCAGAGAAUAUUUUUUUACAGCUUUUUUUCUUUUUACAAGCAAAAAAAAAAAAAACAAAUAAACAAACAACAAACCACCAACAAACUUUGGUUUUCUUCUGGCAGACUGUUGGGCAUCCACACAGCUCCUUCCUACAGAUGUUACAUGAAUGUGCCAAGUUUCCCAACAACGUUGUUGAAGAGCCAGAUGACAGUGCUGAGCACUGUGUCCAUGGAGUCCAUGGCUUUGCAUGGAUGCCCUCACCAGUGGUGGGACACUCCCCUGCUGCAGCUGCUCACUUCAGGAUGCAGGAAGCUUUCCCCAAGUUGACAGCUGUGCUGACAUCUGUCCCCAGUUAGGAAGGACUCCUGCAGUAUUUCACCUGAGAAACUUUUUUGCAGCAAUAUCCCCACUGGUUCUAGAUGUUGGGUGUAGAAAAGAGAGCAUCCAAUGGUGAAGGUUUCUUGCCCCCCAGUGUUCUGGUCUCUGAUGGUUCAUGCGUGACACCUUCUUGGAUGUAAUGUGCUCACCAGCAUCUGUGUUUGCCCAGGGGCCUACUGUAAAUGGACAACACCCCCCACCCUUUCCCUCAGGACAAAUUCAGUAUGUGAGAGUCACUGCCUGGCUCACCUCCGUCUCUGCUGACCCAGCGUGGGAUCCAUGUUCCUGGUUCCUUGUGGUCAGAGGUUGCCCUGGUCUUUCGAAAAGCACAACAAAUGCCUUGUGCCACCCCCCCCUUCCUCUGGUUUCUGGCUGUUCUGCUGCUCUGAACUGGACUUGUAAAUACCUUCAGAAAGUUUAAUGUAUUUAAAUGCUAAAGGAGAAUGUUUAAUUUUGUGGCUUUGAGACAGGGCUUUUCUUGGAGAAGCAUCUCUGUGCACUUCUACUGACAAACGUCUGUCAGCACUGGAGCAAAGUUUUCUCCACUGCUUUGUCUGCAGUGAUAACUUGUAGAUGUCUUUUGUCUUUGUAACAGCAGCUUGCUUUCCCCUGCAGCUCAGUUCAAGACUUAGCUGUGUGUUCUUCUGUUAGGCUUGCCCUACACCUUUGUGAAAGUCCCACUUCCCAAGCUCUCCUGUUGUGGCAGGGAAGGGUUAUUUGGUGGGCUGCGAACUCGAGGAAGCCAUGAAGCACAACUACAUUGUUCCUAAGGGGCAUCAGGUGUCCUGCAGAUGGGAAUGAUACAUACAAGGGAGGAGAGGCUGGAGCAGGCACAAGCACAGUGAGUUUCCAUCUGUCCCUGGCCGGCUCCUUGCACUUUCCUCCUGUAGGGCAUCCAGGGUGGUCCCUCUACCUUUUGAACAGAGUACUCUGCCCUUCUGGGAUCAAAUUCUUGUUUAGAAGUGUGCCCUACUUGUUCUGCCUCCUAGCUGCUAAGACCAGGCUGAUGUCCUGUGUGCCUGGGGCAGGCUGACAGGUUUGAUUCCUUUGUCACUUCCCUGAGGUGGGGACUGUGUGGGUCAGGAAGGACCAGAACUAAAACGGGGCAGGAUCAUGUCCCUACCUCUCUUUAUGCUGUGUAGAGUAGGAACUCCAGAUCAGCCCUGUGGCUUUGUGUGAGUGCUACACAGCUGCAAAACUGUUGUCUGAGCAGUAUGACAACAAACUGACGCUAGCCUCCGUUUCUUGGAAGCCAGCUCUCUCAGCAGUAUUCCCUGGUACCCUGUGUGCCCAGAGCACAGCCACCAUCCCUGUGCCACCUCCCACUCCUGUCCUGCUGCAGAAAGCAGCAGGUGAGCUGCCUGGCUGCUGCAAGGCAGAAAGGGGGGGGCAGAGUUUGCCUCUCUUUCCACUGGUGAGCAGUUGGUUGGGUCUCACUCCUGCCUCACCACCUAUUUCCACAAAAUUAUGGAAAUUUAGCAUCUCUGAAACCUCUGUCUCACCAAAUCUGAUUGUCAGCACACCACCACCACCCCCAAAAAAACCAAAACAAAACAAAACAAAAAGCUGUGUGAAAGAGGACUGGCAGACAAAGACUUGUAAAACCCCUUCCCUUAGGAACUGCAGCAGGUGAUUCCUUGGUUUGAGGGAGGUGCAGGUAGGUGAAGGAAUGAUGAGUUUGGGGCAGAGUAGUAUUCAGAGUGCUGUUAUGUCCUUGUGCAUUGACAGGUGGACUUUCUGCUGCAGGCAGCAAGGUGUAGUUUGUGGUGUCUGCAACUUGCUGAGUGUCUGCCAGGAGCCAUAGGCUCUCUGCUGGAUUUAUGGCUCUGCAGACUGUUUGCGUCUGCUCCUAUUUUUGCAGAAUUAUCUCUGCACUUUCCCAGAACAGUGUGGCUUGGGGAUUAAUUCUGGAUCCAACUGACACUGGCAAAGGGAGGAGGACUUGGUGGCUCUCCUGGAAUCAUUAGAUACAGGAGACCAGGUGUCUGGUGGAAGCUCAGCCUCUGCCUAUGUGUCUGACUGUCCAUAGGACAAGUGAGCUUCAUGUCCUCUUUGCUUCUUCGUUGUGCUCCUGGGUGUUGGAAAUGAUUUGCUUUCUCUGAGUGUAUCUGUGAAAUCUGCUUUUAUUAGAGCAAUAAUCAAGACUAAAAAUAGAGGUAAACGUAGGUGUUUGAUUUAGUAUCUUAAGCUUGUCCCUGCAAUGCUGGACAGGGGGCACUGCCCAGCACAGGUGCAGGGAGGGUGGGAACCUGUCUGUGCCCAUCUCUUCCCAUCAAUCUGUCUUUGCUGUUCUAGAUACCAGCAUCCUCCUCCCCUGUGGACAUGCACUGAAGGACCCUGGCUGGGAUCAGCUGAGGUGUUUAGGCACAGCCUCUCUUCUCUCCGUCCGUGUCCCUCUCCUAUGUCAAAAUCCAUUACUAUGACAGGGUUACAUUUAAAUUUGCACAAAAAAGGUGUUAUUAUGAAAUUUCCCUGUUGCAGGGAAGACUUAUUUAUUUGUUUCUCACAAUCCUUCCAAGCUUUUUACAGUCUCUGCUUGAUCCCACAACUAGCUUGUCAGACACUCCUGGAGAUGGAUGUUUCUUCUCAAGGAUAGAGAAUCCACUCUGGAUGUUCCUGUUUUCUCAUGGGUAGCAAGUUCUGUGGGCACCAGCUGAGACUGCCCUGCCAUAGCAAUUGUUCCCCUUCUGCAAGACACAGAUGAAAAGAGGGGAUUUUGCUGCUUUAAUUCUAUUCUCAGAAAGAGGAUGCUCUUGAAUGGCAGGUGGUAAGAUUUACUUUGUACUGCAGUCAGAAAAAGAAACUUGUUUCCACUGUGGUCUGGAUGAAACACCCAGAACUGAUCAGUAUUAAGAUAAAUAUUUGUUAGUGUAUUUGAAUGUCUCUCCUAUUGGCAUCAUUAAGAGUAGCUGGAAGCCACGUGAUGUGGAUGUGAGAGUUCUUGCUUUCAUCUGUCUGGUGGCAAUUUUUUUUAAGUUAGGUUUUUUUUUUUUUAAGAAAUGAUGGGUAAUUGUUUUGGAUUUUUUAAAUUAAAAUAGAGGGUUCUCGGAUGCUGCUGCCUCAGUGGUGGAAUGCUAUUUCUUUUUCAGGGUGUGCCCUGGUUGCAGCCAGAUGCUGCUUUUUUUGGUGCCUUUCUUGUCAGGAUGAUUUUUUCGAUUUCCAGAACACCCAGUGCAUUUGCCCUAAUAGUCUUUCUCCUGGUCUUCUGUCCUGGUGACUCUGCCCUCUCCCACCCUUGUGACUUGGUGUCUCUCUGUCUGUUACGGUAUGGCCUACCCUGCAUUUAUGCCCUGCCACACCUUGAAUUCUGCUCAGAGCACCUGAGGUACUGUCUUUCUAAAAUUGGAAUUAAUAAUUAAUAUUAAAAGCUUGGAAAAAAAUCUGAAUUUUGUUACAUAGUGUAAUAACUGUUUUGUAGAUACUGUUCUGAGAUGUAGGAUUCUAUUGGUGAUACAAGAGGUUUUGUCUGUAAAUAAUCAGUUUAGAGUCCAAAUGAUUUUAAUAAAGAGAAUUCUUACACAAUAAUUCAAUAAAUUUUA